CAACAGUUAUUUCGUGAAAAAGUCUUUAAAAUCAAGUUUAAUACAGCAGAGGCUGGGUCUCCGUUUGGGCAAUGGAGUACAAUUACAUUCAUGACCGGCAGGAAACCCGUUCGAACCAAGAAAGCGGCCAAGGGCAACCUCAGAUUCAGCCUCCCAUUCAAUACCAUCAUCACCAGCAGUAUCCACCACCAGCACACCAUGCUAUCCAGUCAGGGUACCAUGGACUCAGAUUGGCCCCUUACAUCAACUCUCUUCAAGCUCCAGGUUCUCUGGCCGGACAGCUGCCCAGUUCAGAAGGGCUUCACCUGUCUAGAAGUCCUGUCACCUCAGGAUCAACGACCAUCACCAACAGGGAAAGCCCCGGACAAAGAGGACAUAACUAUGAUCAUGUCCUUGCAGCUGCUAUGCAAGUGAACAGCACACCACUUCACUACCGGGCCGAUCUUUCCAGUGGUGCUGUACAACUCCAGCAGGUUCAAACAACACUGCCUGCAACUGUUGCAACCCCACCGUCCCUGCAACUGCCAUCCACUCUCAACUCCUCACAAGAUCCAAGCUACCUCAUUGAAGACCUCUCCAACUCAACGCGCAACAGUGUUGCUGCAUCCCAAAGCACCAUCCAUGCCACACCACCUCACUGCAACCCUGCUGUGAGCAAUAUAAACACUGUCUCACCAACAACUCUCACCAGCAAGAAGAAGGGUCCUCCUCGAACAAGAACAAAGAGGGACAGUCUUCCACAACCGAUGGUUCAGAUUGUUGAACCUCAGGUUCAGGACCACAGGCGAAAGGAAUAUGUUCCAAGUUUCACCAAGUACUGUCAAACGGAACCUUUGUUUGACGAGAUUUGGAAACCCGAAGAUGUGAGGGCAGAGCCAUCGAGUCUUCCUUCAGGUCUGGCAUUCAUCCAAGCGAUGGGUGACGAGAAUAAGAUAGUGGGUGUGACUUCUACGGAGGACUUGGAAGAAGGAGAAACAUUUGGGCCAUACACUGGAGAGUUUGUGAAAGAAGGUUUAGGCUGUUACAACCCAUCAACGUGGGAGGUAUGUGUAAGAGGCAGAGCAUGGUUCUAUCUUGACGGAUCCACUGACCCUGAUAAUUGGAUGCACCAUGUCCAGUAUGCCAGGAGCACCAAGGAACAGAACUUGGAAGCCUUUCAAUCAUAUGGGGAUAUCUUCUUCCGUAUCACCAAACCUAUCAAGUCGGGAACAGAGCUUAGAGUCUUCUAUAGUCCAGAGUACAGGAAGAGGGUUGGAUUCCAGACCAGUCUGGAUGAACUUCACGUGGACCAAGAUAACCAAAUGUUCCAAUGUCAAGAUUGUAAGUGCCGUUACACCAACGCCAAGAGCCUCUCUAGACAUCUGAAGUUUGAGCAUGACAAGGAGAACUUACGGAAUGUGGCCGACUUGAAGGUCAAUGUUCAAUCUCAAAUCUUCACAUCACCGAGGCUCGAGUUUAUCUCUUCUUUCCGCAAGAAGGAGGCAAGAACUGCAAAUGCAGCAGCAGAGGAACCUGUUACUGAGGACAUACCAAAGAAAAAUUUGACAGAAGAGAAGAGCAAGAAGUUCCUGCAAGUGAGGUAUGUUCCCUUGAAAACCGGGAAACAGAGCAUCGCUGGGGACAGUCGAACUACCAGAAGUAAGAAAAGAGAUCUUAUGAAGAGAUUCUCUUGUAAGAGAUGCGGGAAGCUAUUCCCAUCAGAAGGACACCUCAGAGAACAUUCAGCAUUCCACCAGGAGACCAAAGACAUCAAGCCUAUCUGCGAGGUGUGUGGACUGGAGUGUAAGCACCAAAGGGCUCUCAAACAGCACAUGCUAUCUCAUGAUUCGUCAUCAUUCCAGUGUCAGAAGUGCCACAAGUUCUUCAAGCGGAAAGGAUGUUAUGUUUACCACCUUCGACAUGAUCAUAAGAUCUUUGUUGGGACUCGUUGGAUGAGAGGAAGCAUUGAAGAUCAGAUGACAAGGUAUGUCGGACCUGAAGAGGAGACCGUGGAAUCUCCUCAACCUUUCCAUCCAGAACUCCCCAAGGACAUGCUUGGAAAGCGAAUACUAAUUACCAGCAAGAAACCAAAGGUCUUCAAAUGUAAGUACUGUCCAAAGAAGUUUUCUGCUCACAACUUGGUGUACAAGCACGAAAUGACUGUACAUACGAACAGUGGUCGUUACAAGUGUGAGUUUUGUCCCCAGACUUUUAUUGAAAAGACCAGGUUUAUUGUGCACAGGCGAAAACACACAUUGGAUCGCCCCUUUAAGUGCGAGGAGUGCCCACGUUCCUUCUCUUCAGAAAGCGCCCUUAAGAAUCACCUUCCAGAACACCGCGGUGAACGACCAUACCAGUGUGACAUCUGUGGCAAGGGAUUCCGAACGCGGAAAUACAUGACGACACACAAGAGGCGUGUUCACAUGGCACCGACAGUAUUCCUGAACUGUAGUUUCUGCGACAAGACAUUCAAGCAUAAAACGGCACUGUCGCGACACGAGAAGUGCCACAAAGGAAUCCGACCCCAUGUUUGCCUGACGUGUGGACGUGCCUUUGGAACCAAGUGCUCACUGCAAUCUCACAUGCACAUACAUACCGGUGAGAAGCCAUUCGAAUGUCCGGUGUGUCAACAGAAAUUUGCCUUAAGCCAUCAUCUUUCCACCCAUAUGAUUCGUCAUGACCGCAAGGCAUUAGCUGCUCCUUCAGAUAAAGACCCAGUUGAUGUUUAAGGAAUGGAUGAAACCUAUCGACAUUAAUCUUUAGGUUAUAACUGGAAAAUGAUGAGAUCUAUGGGUCUGCAUUAAAAAAUCAGUAAACUUCCCAUUCUUCCUUGCAGGGCUGAGUUAUUUUAAAAAAAUGUUCUUUCCAGAUUCCAAUUUCGUAGUACCAUUUACAAACUGGUAUUCCUAUACUUGUAUAUGGAUGUCAGAAAUUUGAACACAAUAAGAAAAGGGAGAUGGGUCACUUCCUUGCAUUGGUGGAGCCAACCGGAUGACACUACCAAAUCUGGGUUGUACUUGUAUUUCAGACAUUAAUUACCCUGUUCCCGAAUUCUUAAUACCUAGAAUGCAACAUGAUUACAUAGUCUUUGAAUGAAAUUCCAGUGCUCUUUUCAACAAUCUUAUAUUUUUAAGAAACAAAGUGUUUACAGUAAGCUUCCAAGCAAUUCUGAACUGCUCCCGAUAAAGAUUGAUUCGCCAUCAUUGUAAUCUAUAUUCAAGCUAUUUUUCUGAUUGUUUUAUGAAAGGGUAUACAUGUAUUCCAAAUGUAUUCCUAUUGCCUGGGGUAUGUAUAUAGCAGAGCUCCUAAAAAGACCUAGGUGUUCCAUUUCCCUUGAAAUGUUUUUUUUUUCUUCUUUUCCCCCUGAAAAAUGUCACUGCACUCUGCUUCACAUCUCCAUCGUAGGAUAGAAUGAAAGAACAAAUUAUGACAGUUGAAAACAAACAAAAGUUGUUGCCUUGUCAAUGGAAAAUGUACAUUGAGAGCUAUCAAAUUCUUGAUAUUUGAAAAGAAUAUUAUAGGAAUAUGGUUGCUCAUCCAAUGUCUACUUUACACAAAUAUAUUGAAAAUAUUCUGAAUAAUGGCUGAAACUUUUGGGCCGCUGCACGCUUAUCUAUGUAUGGUGCAUGUGACCUUCAGAAGAAUUGACUAAUUUAUUAUUUGGGUGACUCCAUUGCUUUUCAUUGAAGUUCUUAGAUCCUUUAUAAACAGCCUGUCACAAUAACUCAGAGACACUUGCCUAAAACUCAAACCAGAAAUAAAUUUUAUCAACUGAAUCUUGCCAUGCCCCUUUUGUGGUUCUUUUUACAUUUUCAAACUAUGGAUGAAACAAUCUUGCAUUUCUUAGAAACGUACAGGGAUAUUGUUUAUAAACAAUACAUAUUUAUAAUAUUUUUGCUUUGAUUUAGUGUUUAAGAGGCAACAGGGCAUUUUCAUAAUUGGAUAAAUUGCUGUAGCAGUCUCUGAGAAAGUUAUUGUAUUUGUUUAUUAUACUUUUAUGCCAUAUUUUUAUACAGAAAUAUCUUGAUAUUCAAGAUUUUAGCUUGCCAUUUAUCCUAUGACCAAAUAUUGAAUUGAUGUCAUGUGGCAUCACAAUAUGCUUAUAACAUCAAUAACUCUGUUAUAUUCUUUGAUGCAUUUUGCCAAAUAUUCAUUUGUUCUUCCAUUUGUUUAUCCAAUUUCAUAUGCCAGGAUUAAUUUCACCUUUAAGUGUCAUUUUAUGCAUUGAUGUUUCUAUUAUCACUUUAUUGAUAAGUGUUAAUAGUUGCAUACACAGGGCCGGUGCCGGAAGGGGGAUGAAGUUGCCCACUGAAAUUCACCCCCCCCCCCUGUGAUUUGUCAAGUAACUCACGGGGGUAAAAAAUGAGAGGAGAAAAAGGAAGAAAGAAGGAAGACAAAACAAAAAAAGGAAAGGUUUAUCCUUGGGUUAAAUAACUCUAAAAAUACUUUAUAACAUCAUUGGUAAAAAUGUGACGUUUAGGUUGUCUUUUCACCUCCUUCCACCCCCCGCCCUCAAAAUAUCCUGUACCGCUCGUGUGUGUACAUACUUGACCUUAGCUAUAUUUCUACCAACUCUCAAAAGAUAUUUAUGCAAUAUACAUGUAUCUCUAUACCUUGUAUUCUUCUUCUUGCCAUUCUGAUGUGAAGGAUUUUUUUUAAAUGUACAUUCCUUUAUAUCAAUUGAUGAAGCAUUGCUUAAAAUGCUACAAAUAUACCUAUGAGUU